AUGCUCGCUUUCUGUACUGCAAGAAAACCCCAGCCCAAGAUAAUCUUGCUAACGUCAUGGAUCGUCUCCAACGGGCCGGGAGAGGCGCAGUUUACGUUUCACCUGCUGGGCGGGCUUCCAGUUUGUUUCUCGGUUCUUGAAGCUUCGUGGUUGGCGUUCACCUUCUUCACACCACCACCAUUGGCGAUCCGGACCGGCCCUUUUCUGUUUGACGUUCGCCGGAGGUUAAGUCUGGGGAAUAACGACCAGAACCAUACGAGGAGCCCAUCCACCCUCUCGGGUCGAGUCUCGCUGUCUCAGGACGGGGAUCGACACGAUAAAAGCUCGUCUUAAGACGCCCAUCGCGGCACUUUUGGGACCUUUGGCAAUCAAUUGAUGGCCCAGCUGUGCUUUGUCACGGAAUAUUCCAUACACCACCUUCCCCAUGCGUCGCUUGCGAUGGUGGUGGUCGUUGCUCUGGUCGUGAAUACUUGACAGCCCCCCAUUGGUCGCUUAUCGCCGCGGGGAAAGGGGUGACAGGGACCGGGCCUGCGGCACAACCACGCCUCCCAGAACCCAAAACACUGGCUUGGGAACCCUCACCAAGAUCUUAUUCAGCAGAUCGUUUGGAAUUUGGGGGGAGCGCUGGUGAUAGGACAACCGAUACGAAUAGAUUGUUUUCUUUUGCAGACGGGGUUGAAGCCCUCGGAUCGUAAGCGAUGCUGCUGCUGGUAAGAGGCAUCACCGACAUGGUUGACGAUGAUGGUCCAAACAAACUCAACAGGGGGACCACGUUUCCUCUCCAAACUCCAUCUGAUCUAUGUACGAGCAGUGCGACGAUGAGGGUGGUCAACGUGCGCGCUUCAAAGGGAAAGGUAUGUUACACCUUGAGAAGAUGACGAGCGGCCCGUCAUUCCCUUCAAAAGCAGUGAACAGACACAUCCCAAUCUGCAGAAAAGCAAGACAUAAAUAGCUUCAUCGUCCGAGCGGGCAUAGAAUUUUCUGCAAGCACUUGAACCAGCUUUUUCGCUGUGAUGUUGACCUUUCUUCAUCAACACACCGGCCGUGCUCUCGGGCGUGCUCCGACUGCAUGUUCCUUCGUCUGCGCCGCACAGAAUAUCGCUGCACGAGACCAGCUUCGCUUCGAUGCGUGUUGCAAGGUUCCUGAGACAACAGCGGGGGAGAAAGCUGCCUGCCAAGCAUAACCUCCAAGGUCCUUCAAGAUCGGACGAAAUGCCUCCACCCUCACCACGUUUUUCUUUAGUCUCGAAACAAACGCUAGUGAAAGAGAGAGGAAAAAAGGUUUAAGCGCGAGGGGGGCCUGAUCGGAAUGCUCGGGAAAAGAAGAAGAAGAAGCUUAGUUUAAAGCGAGCAGAAACCGGGAGGAUGAUUCCCGAUAUUUCGGCUUUCGGCCAACAAGCACUCAAUCGGCGGGUGUCUCCGUUUGGCAAGACCCGGCUGCCGCGGCGCUGGGACGGUGGGGCACCGGGAGCUGUUCCGCGCUCCAUCCAGCAACGGCGGGUCAAGCAACUCUGUCUCCAAGGCUUUUCCCCCUGCUUUUUCCUUGCCCAGAACCACCAAUGUUCAGCAGGAGGACAACGGCAGCCAAACGCACGAAAUCUUGUUCCCACGUCGCAACGAUUCGAAGUGCCCACGAGAACUACUGCCGGCAUUCGCUGCUACAUACAGCAGGCAGAUAUGUGAAUCCCCAAGGAUCAUGUUGCACCAUUUGCUAUCCAGACAUCUCGAUGUACGGUACGGCACCUACUGUCUGCCUGCGAUAACAACUCACUCCACACGAUCUAUCACUGAUGUUUCGAACUGUCAAGUUUCCGGUGUUUCAAAACUCCAAACUUUUUAUCACCUGACCUUGGAAGAAACAUUAAUGAUAUUUCUUGAUACACAAUCUCCCUGCUCCGAAAUUGCCCGUAUGCUAGUGUGGGUUUUACUAGGUUGUAUCCAAAUGUAUGUUGGGUGCUUUUGCAUUAUAGCCCACGAGAUGAUCAUAUCAUAUCACCAGGUGGCAUAUAGCAUUGACACAGGGUCUCUGCAAAGAAGAUUGAAACAUUGAAACCUCACAAUUUACUUGCAACAUGACGCGGGAAUGAUACAUGGUUUGAACAUACUGCUACGGAACAAUUAUUAAGAGGCGAGUGCCGUCAGACAACCCCCUAUUAGACCCUUAUCCAGAACGAUGGGAGAUGAUGUCUUGGUAAAAAGCUUCUAUUUCUUAUCAAUGGUUGCGAUAAGUGUUGAUGAGGUUACCACCAAGACUUCUUAGAGUAGGGAGCAGAGGGUAUACGGGAGGUGUUAUACGUAUGCAGGAGGGCACCAUUGGAAUAGCCUCAAAUGGGGAAAAAUAAGCUCGUUCACGUCGAUAGAAUAUCACCUGCUCAGAACAACAUAGGAAAAGCUUCCAAACAUACUCUGUCAAAUAUUUUGAGUGGUAUUUUUGACAUAAGAAUGAAGAGACACUUACUACCCGUG